UUUUCUUCCAACACAUUAAAAAAAAAAACUCCUAAGGACCAAAAAAAAACAAAAUAAACAAAGAGGACGCGUGAGAAAAAAAAGAAAAAAAAAACAGAACAGUCCGAUAAAAAAGAUCCGGCGGCGAUGUCAAACCCGACGACCCGAAAGAAUAUGGAGAGGAUUAAAGGUCCAUGGAGUCCAGAAGAAGACGAUCUGUUGCAGAGGCUGGUUCAAAAGCACGGUCCGAGGAACUGGUCUUUGAUUAGCAAAUCAAUCCCUGGACGUUCCGGCAAAUCUUGUCGUCUCCGUUGGUGUAACCAGCUUUCUCCCGAGGUUGAGCACCGUGCUUUCUCUCAGGAAGAAGACGAUACCAUUAUUCGAGCUCACGCUCGGUUCGGUAACAAGUGGGCUACCAUCUCUCGUCUCCUCAAUGGACGAACCGACAACGCGAUCAAGAACCAUUGGAACUCGACGCUGAAGCGAAAAUGCAGUGGAGGGUACGAUGGUAAUUUAGGAGAGGAACAGCCGUUGAAACGUACGGCGAGUGGUGGUGUGUCCACUGGGCUGUACAUGAGUCCCGGGAGUCCAUCGGGAUCUGACGUCAGCGAGCAAUCUAGUGGCCAAGGCCAACAACACGUGUUUAAUAAACCGACGGUUAGAUCUGAGGUGACUGCGUCAUCGUCCGGUGAAGAUCCGCCGACAUAUCUUAGCUUGUCUCUCCCUUGGACUGAGGAGACGGUUCGAGUCAACGAGGCACCGCAACUAAACCAGAAUACGGUUAUGGACGGUGGUUACACGGCGGAGCUGUUCCCCGUUAGAAAGGAAGAGGAUGUAGAAGUAGAAGAAGAUCCCAAAGGGAUAUCUGGUGGAUUUGGUGGUGAAUUCAUGACGGUGGUUCAAGAUAUGAUCAGGACGGAGGUCAGGAGUUACAUGGCGGAUUUACAGCGAGGGAACAUCGGUGGUUCCGGCGGAGGAAGUAGUGGUGGUGGCGGUGGCUCGUGUAUGCCGCAAAGUGUAAACAGCCGUCGUGUCGGGUUUAGAGAGUUUAUAGUGAACCAAAUCGGGAUUGGGAAGAUGGAGUAGUAGUACUAGUGAGUGAUAAAAGAACCAAGUUUGAAGUUUUUUUUCCCUCUGUUUCUCGGGAAAAUAAAAAAAAAAAGUUUCAAGCUUUUCAAUGUAUAGAGAGCCAGCCAGUAGUAGAGACGAAAGAAGGAAAGCGAAUCAAAAAAUCUUUUGUAUGGGUCUUUCGUGAUUCAAUUGAAACCAAAGCAAAGAUCAUUUAACAA